UCUAAUAUUUUAGCCGCUUCUCGCUUUAUCCUUGCUCCGGAGUCCUCUCGCAUAUUUUCUCAUGGAAACCCCUUAUCCAACUGUCGAGAACCUCACCUCCACUCUUCCCACCGGCGACUCUACUGAACCUCACAGCGCUCUGUUCCUCGUCCUUGGCUAUCUCCGGCUGCCAGAGCUCCUCGCAUUUCGGCAAGUGUGCAGGGCUUUCAGGGAUGAGAUCGCCGCCGACGAGACGCUGUGGCGCCACAUCACCGUCGAGCCCCCGCUAAGCCUCCGGCUCUGUGACGAAAAACUUUUGUGGAUUACAUCCUUUGCGAGGGGAAAUUUGAAGUCGUUAGCGUUGCCGCGUUGCUGGCGGAUCACUGACACCGGUCUGCUGCAAGUUGUUGAUCAAAACCCUUACAUUACGAAGUUGUAAUCUCUUGGAACCCUAGAAGGGGAUUUGUGUGAAUGACUCUGGCUGCCACCUAUCAGCUAAGAAAGAAUUUGAGGAUCUAUUCUUGUGCAAGAUCAAAUGUUCGUGAGCACGGAGCAAAGAUCUCCAUGGAUCCAGAUAUUUCAAGUAUCCACAUAAUUUAUACUUUUCUCAACGGAUAUCUUUGAUCAAAUUUUGGCCUCUCCUUACUCUUCAAGUGAAGCUAGGGGUCUAUUUAAAGGCUCCAUGAGAGGGACAUUUUGGUCAUUCGGCAAAUAACUUCUAUAACCACCUGA